AUGCUCGGUUGGAUCAACGAUUGUGUGGAGAAGCUUGUCCUCGCCAAGUUCGAUUUGGACGCAUGGCACUCCAUCAAAGAAAAAGCGGGUUGUAAGGUCGAAGACGGAGGGUUCUACAAGCUUGACCCCUAUCCCGACCAGACUACGGUGGAUCUGGUCAUGGCGGCAGUGGAGGUUUCGGGGUUGUCGGCGGAAGCCAUCCUGGAGACGUUUGGCGCCUUUUUUGUCCAAUACGUCCGAGACGAAGGCUACGACAAUUUGCUGAGGUGCCAAGGCAGCAAUCUGAAAGAUUUCAUGGCGAACAUCAAUGCCAUGCAUCAGCAUUUGCAGGAUACGUUCCCCAACAAGAUGACUAUGCCCCAGUUCUGGGUCGAAGAUGACGAAUCAGGCGACGGUGCUAUUAUAUUGCACUAUCACUCGAAACGCGGCAGCCUCCUGGCUCCGGUAGCUAAAGGUGUCGUAUGUCAGGUUGCCUCCGACCAAUUUGGAUAUGAAAUCAAGAUGGAACGGCUAAGGACACAAGGAGAAGAAGGAGCAGAACAAACAAGCUGGAAGAUAUCGACGGUAGAUCCCGACAACCUUUGGAAGCUCACCAUGAGAGCAGAGUGCAAGCAGAUGAAUGCCACCUAUCAGGCGAAACAAAUGAAAUGCCCUUUCACUGGCAUGACCACGGCACCCUCGCAAUCUGCAAACCGAAGACUAUCUCAAACAAUCAACACGGCCAGCGUCCCAUCAGUCAUCGAAGUCAAUGAAGCAGAUAUCAGGCGACCACGCAAGCGAGCCAAGUUUAGCAGCAACCAGCCUUCUAGCUUGCCCACAAGUGAACACCAGUAUGAGGACAUGUUUUUUGAUUCCAAGGAAAUCGAAGAAGGUGAUCCCGUCGUGAAGAAGGCUCCCAGCCUGGAGAACACGUCCGUGACCGCACCACUAUCCAUCGAAGAGGAACUAUCGUCAGAACCGGUAUCUGACAGUGCCAUUGGCUUGUCGGGGCGAGUGACAAGGAGCCUCUUCCCGUACCAUAUCAUGGUCGACUUGGACCUAAAGAUUGCUCAGGUCGGUAAUAAAAUGCCAACUGUCAUGCAAUUAUCGGAGGAUGAUUUCGUGGGUCGAUGCAUUAGUGAAUUCCUGGUCGUGACAAAGCCAGUGGGGAUCCAGUGGAGCUGGAAAUGGCUUCGCCUGCUCGAAGACCAAGCCUUUGAUGUCCAAACAGUCGAGCACUCAUCAGAGAGGCCCGCUUUGAAGUUCAAGACAACCGUUGUCCAUGUUACGGAAGGCUCUUCUCUUGCAAUGCUCGUGCUGACUCCCGACGCAAACAAUUUGCAGGAGCUUCGUGAGAUGAAGAUGACCUUUAGUGAUCUACCGCUGCACGGGGCUCAUAGAGAAUCGAUCCUUCUCCGAGAGCACUUGAGCUCGCAAAUUAAUAGUGCCGCCAAGAUGGAACAACUCAGCCAUUCAUUGGAGCAGGAGAAAACGCUGCUGGAAUCCAUGUUGCCUGCUCAUGCCGCAGAAGGCCUUCGGCAAGGCAAAACCGUGGAGCGAGGUUGCACAAGAAUGUUACACUGUUCUUCAGUGACAUUGUGA